AUGGCACCGACGCACGCCGUGUCAAUCUCCAAGGGACCUCUCUGGAACGAAAGCCGCUUGGUGCAGCUCCUCCUGCUCCUCCUGUGCGAUGCCAAGUACAGCUAUGCUGAGCUUUCGGCUCGAUGGGCCGAGCGUUAUCCGCACGAAGAAUUCAAGCCUUCUGCGAGAGCAUUUCAGGAGAAGAUUAGCAGUCUCAAGAAGGCCGUCAAUGCAGCAUCUUCAGGCGAAACAACAGCUCGCGUCACCACCGCGCCGUCCACGCCUAAGAAGAGGGCCUCGCCCAACAAGAUGUCUAGUGGCGGAAGCUCAUCCAAACGCGUGAAGCAAUUCGACGCGAUGCAUCUCAAUAGCGACGGCGACGAGACUGACGAAGGAGCAUCGCCAAACAUCAAUGCAAGCAUUAAGUCGGAAAGGCGCAAGACACCGAGCCGCCGCAGUAAGAGUGUGGCUCCCAAUUACAGCCUGCUGAAUCACGAGUCUGAUGAUUUUGACGAGCGCAUCGAGAGCCCUGUCAAUCCUACACUGGAGGAACACUCUGAGACUGCUAUUGUGCAUGCCAACGGCAAAGCCGCAUUGCCAAUCAAGCUCGACGAGGCCGACAUUCUGGCGAGUCGUUCUCACCUUGUGGACAGAGAGUCGACCAAAGCCAGUCACAUUAAGACUGAUAACUAUGGCUACUUCAGCCACGCUAAUGAUUCUGACGGAAGCAACUUUGAUCCUAAGGCUUGA